ACACAACAGUUGCGGUUGGCUGUGUAUGUUCGAGAGCUAGCUAGUCUGAGCUAAGGUCUAGGACAUCUAUCGGCUCUGGUCAUAUAUCGACAUUUUAAGUUAAGUUAGCAGUUUCGUGUGGGACUUUUGCAUUAGAUAACGCUGACAUGAAAUGUUGAGAAAACAUUGCUAAUAUAGAAAAAUACGUUAGCUCGCUAUGACGUUAGCGUUAGCUUGUAACCAAUGACAAAGCGCCUGAGAGGAAUUGUUAACCAGCUAGCGAAAAUCUUUGGUGUUUAUUUCCUAUUCAACGCUGCUUAUGCUUGAUUGUGUGGCUUAAAACAGAAGCUUAUUAAUUCGACAGCGUUGCCAACAUGGGCCAUUGUAUACCGCCUUUAUUCAGCGUAAUUAAUUAGUUUGAGAAAGUUAGCUUAAGCAAAGCAAUAGGCCAUCAACAGACAUCUUGAGACGGUAACUAAAAAGCCGAAUAAUUCUUUCGGAUUUAAACAAACUACGGUAGAAGCUCCUCCAGGUGGAACAAGUGUUAUCAUAUGUUGACUGACAACAGGAAGCGACAGCACAGCGGUGGUGAUGAGGAGAGUAGCCACCUGGUGCCUCAAGCCAAAAGGCAGAGCGGAGCUCAUCCUCUCUCCCCUGAACCAGGUCGGGAUGCUUGGGACUCAGAGACAUCCAACAGCGAGAGCAGCAGCAACAUCAGCAGUCCCGAACAUGCAGCUGGGAGUCGGUGUGCUUUGGGCCCCUGCAGCCCCUCCAGCUCCGGCCUCUCGUCGGAGCUGGGCGGCCCCGCAAAUCAGCUGUCGUACCUGCAGAUCAACCGCAUCCUCAGGGAGGCCCACUUCUAUAGCCUGCAAAGCCGAGGUCAGCUCAGAGACCCCAGAUGAAAUGACGCUGUCCUACGAGACGCCAAGGGACUGAAAACGUGUCGCUGAUCGUUUCGUUCGGCUCUUCCUCUCCCAUCUUCAGUCAUUGCAACACAUAUCACAGCUGUACACAUCUAUGGGUGGAUGGCAGUAUCUAUAAGAGCAGUUCAUCUAUCAGUUGAGCAAUAACAACUUUGAUAACUGUGAUCUACUCAAAACAUUCUAUACUCCACUUAUUUUCCGACCAAUCUGGUUUACCAACUGCUCUGAGAGCCUUAAAGUGUAUGCGACUGAUUGUGGGUUCUUAUUUGUUCUCGUUAAAUUCUACAUGAAAACCGUAGAGAUGCUGAAGUGGCCCAGUUUUGGGCCAGUCGUUGUGAAGUGUUUAGUCUUACAGUAGGGUUCUGACAGGUGUGAGUAAAUGGACCGGUCUCAGGGAGGAUAUGUCUUAGACUGCUCUCUUGCUUUCAUAUUUUGACUGGGGGGGUGAAGGGUUGGGGGGAUGUUAAAAUGGGCAAGACUUUCAAUGUUAUCUACUAGAAUUCAAUUUAGUUGAAGACAAGUCAGGCCAUAGUACAUAGGGUUUGUUAUGAUAGCAUUCCAACAGACUUCAGGAUCAUCUCGGAUCAUAUAUUAGGCUUAUCCCUCUUGGGUUUGAAUUUUUCUCUCACACUUCGUAGUUUGUGAACAGACCUGGUUGUUACAGGAUCUUUCUUGAACAUUAUACAUCCCACGGGUUCAUUUUUGUCACUUGAUUUUGCUUUCUCCAGAUCUCAAUAAGACUAAUUCGAUGGGCUGGUUGUAAGUAUCGCUUUACUGCCUUAUAAUAGCUACAUUUUCUGAUCAUAGACAUAAAGUUCCUUGCAAAAAUAUUCAUACCUGUUGGACAUUUUGUAACAUCACAACCAAGGUAUUUCAGUGUUUUUUAUAGUUACUUUUGUGAUAGAACAACACAAAGUACUUAAUCAACGUAAAAAUGAAAAACAAAUAUGGUUUUAUUUUUUUGUUUUGGAAAUAAAAAUAUCUAAAGGUGCUUAAGGGAUGGGUGAUGUGGACCUCAUAUUUUAGGAUGACAUUCUGGCAUUUAAAACAAUAGCAAAAAACAUAAUGAUCAAAAAUUUAUGACAUUGCUUUUUGGCUAUAAAUCUCUAAUUGCAUGUUCUGCUCUAAAACGGCUACCUUACUAUACUCCAAUUACUUUGAGUAGUGCAUUUGUACAACCAAACAGCACAAAUGUAUUGCAAUCAGCUACAUAUUAUAUGUCAUAAAAAAUAAGCACACACCAAAGGCUUCAGUACUGGAAGCUCCUCCAGAGUAAGCAUGCGCCUCUUGGCUGCUUUUCAGAUUAACGUACGUCUUACCCACACUGUCGGGUUAGUCAGAAAUGCCGUAGUUGGUGUGCAGUUGUGUACUUUGCAUUUAGUGCCAGGCAAUAAAACAAUUACAAUACUUUAUUGAGGAACAGUUAAUGACUAACAGUAAUGAAGAUAGACUUUAAGGUUUAAUAACAGACCCUACAUGUGGCCCAUCAGGCAGUAGCUAUGGCCACCACUAUUUAAGCAUUUUCACAAGAUGGCGAAGAGAUUGCAACUAAUAAUGUAAGCUUGAGUACUUUACACUUGUACUCAAACAUGUUCGCACUCCUCAACAGCACUGCAAGCGGCUUUUGUAUAACAAUUUAUUGCUAGUUGAGCGCGUUUUAUUUUUUUCACUUGUAAUCCAUAAUUUACCACAAUACGUAAGGGAUUUGUGUUUUGAAAAUCAGAUAAUUAUUAAUUAUGCUCACUUUAACUUGUCCAUUCAGUUUGCGUGUACAAAUGCACUCUUAGAAACUUGAUUGUUAAUAAUUAUCGGAAUUGUUCAACACAGAAUAUUGUGGUUCGUCAUGCUUGUUCAAAGCUUAGCAAAUUGUUUUAUAAUUGAACCUUUCUUUAAACUUUCAUCCUGACCUGAUGUGUCUUGUCUUCAUGAUGGCGAUUGCUCAAUAAUCUUAUAUUAAAAAAACCCUCUGAUUUAUACUGAAAUCACCUCUUUUUUAAAAAAUCAUAUUCUUUAAAAAGAUACACUACUUUAUGUUGGUCUAUAGCACAAAAUUCCAAUAAAUUAGUGGUUAUGGAAAAAUAACGCACCUAGAUGUGGUAAGGUUCAAGGGGUAUGAAUACUUUUGAAAGGCACAGAAAGCCACCUGUUGGUUUUAGGUAGACACUCUGCAGCCUGUUUCUUUGUAAUGAUGAAUCAUCGUCAUGCAGUGUUUCAUAGUUUACACUAGUUACGCAGAAACGAUCACUACUACAACCAAAAGAAGAGCCCAUUUAAGAUGGCAGUAUUUUAUAUCAAUGGGAGGAUUAAUCUGUGACUGUCAUUGUCUGGUCGAUUUAGUCUUAUUUGUUUCCAUUCCAACGUCAGUGUCAUCUUCCUAGAAAUCAUAAGAUGCACAUUGAUAAAUCUCAGAAGUGAUCAUGGUGGAACAAACAUUACAACUUUAAAAGUAUGCCUGCCUGGCAUAAGGAUUAGGGGGUCAUUUUUGUUGUGGUUGCACCUGGAAUCUUAUAAGCACAAUUGUACUUUUGUUGAAUCACAAUAAGAAAUGUUCAUUUUUAUAAGAGCUGAGGUAGGAAGAAGAAGGCUGUCUUUUGACAGUGCUCCCCUCCAUUUCACCAAAAGUACAAAGGAAUGUACAGCAACGCUUUGACAAUAUUUACACAUGCUUUAAUAAUACUUUUUAACUCUUUCUGUGUUGCAUUUUUUUUUGUUGGACAUGAUCUGCUAAUGCUGGAAUAAUAAUACAUCUCCAUUUAUAGAACAUCUACAAAAAGCCCUAGAUCUUGAUUAUCCAAAGUCUGGCAAAAGAGAGCCUAAGGAAGCAAACAGAAAGUUAUUUUUGUACAUGAUCUUCCACACAUUAAACAAGAUUUUCAAGA